CUAGGCAUAGGCCUAGGCCUAUGAAAAGUGGUCGAUAAUUAUUAUUUGAUAGCAGAACGAUAUAUCAGAGUCACGAACAAGUGUGUAACACAAUAUGUGAUCACAGAUCGAGGGCUAAUAGCAAGGACGGUCACGCAAAGUGAGAAGAUGCCAUAAUCUACGGACAUCAGACGCAGCCGUAUACAUAGUUCCAGUUCAAGAACCCAUCGACUGGUUCACUUUCAUAUGUAACAUUCGCAAACACACUGGCAUCAUGGCGGAAAGGACUCUGCCGGACCAGAGGAGUGCUUCGUCGGAGAUGGCGAACAAAGUCCACAUUGAGAUCUUCACAAAACUCCUGAAAGAUGUCACAGAUGCGGAUCUCCGAGUGAUGAAGGAGUACCUCACGACGGCUGAACUUCUGUCGCGGAGAGAGGUUGAUGAGGCCGUCGACAUGGCGAGGCUGUGGGAUACAAUGAACAGAUGCGGCGUUAUAAGCAAGAUGAACUACACCAAGCUAAAGAAAAUGCUGGAUGACCUUCGGCUGAACUUCUUGGAGCAAUACAUAACAGAACAAGAAGAAAGAUUUGAGAAGAACUGUGCCGCUGGUGUGAGCGUAGAAAGGCCAACACAAGAAAGCACUCCUGACAAUCUACUGCGGCAUUCGAGAGAAGAACACUCACAGAACCCGCCUGGACCAGAUAAAUGCUGCACCCUCUGUUACUACCGAGAGAAAAAGGAGACCGCUGGACACCGGGAAUGUUCCGACUGUGAUCGCCUCGCCCUGUGCCUUGACUGCGGCGAUGCCCACGAAGAGAAGUUUCAGCACUGUGUCGUUCCACUGGGAUCAGGGAAGGAACUGUGUCUAAAACACGCCGACGAACCGAGGCUGUUGAAACAUCGCUGCGUUGACUGCAGGGAGUUUAUCUGCGACGUUUGUUUGGUUAUAGGCCAUGAUGACCACAGUACCUUCAAACUAAGCGCGGCGGGAAAAUAUGCUUUGGUGAAUACGCCAAAAGCAGCUGAGCAGAUGAAGCUUUUGUUUGCCGCGUUGUCGCCUGAUUUUCAGGCCAUUGCAUCUGAAGCCAGCGAAAUACUCCAGGAGGUCACCGGAAUGGGCACUGAGCUGAUUCAGGAGAUACUUCUGCUGUACAAUGAGCAAAUGAAGUCUGCCUCAAGACAGAGGGAUAGGCUCGUCAAUGAUAUACUGGCGGACACUGACUGUAUGGAUAUAGCUGCUAGCCUGUACUCGCAGAAUAGCCAGCAGGAAAUACAGUCACGUUCUUCCCAAGUCAUAAAGCUACUUAAAGAGAAACGCGACAGGUUCCCUCUUCAUGUUGACUUCACCAAACCAGAAGAUAUUUCGAUGGGGCGCUUGUGCCAAGAGUCAUUUCACGCAAAGCUUCCCUGCGAAGAAUACGAGUCGUCAGGGUCAUUCGCGCCCCGAAAGGAAGCCGGGCCAAUUGAUGCAAAGGUAAAAAAGAAACGUUUGAAGGAGGAGUACGGGAUAUGCGAGACACCAGUCGCCCACGCAGAAUCCCCCAAUAGUCCCCCAACCUACGAAGAGCUUGUAUCACAAGGAGAGAGACCACUACAUGCCAUCAGAAGGAGUAACAGUAAAACAGAAUCCGACGCGAUAAGAGUCCGACCUAAACGCCAUUCGUCAACUAAAGUAAGGGGGAUUCCCUCCAUGAACCUCUACCGCGGCAUCAAUGGUUACGAGUUGGAGGACUGUGGCAGUACUUCCUGGGAUUUCCUUCCCAACUUUCGGUUCGUUUUCUGCCUGGGCUUGCUAAGUGACACCAGGCAAGCUUUUCUGACUAGCAAGAGUGUCAACCCCCUACAAGAUCUAGCCGACUCGAUCAUCAUCUUCAACUCGGAUGGAUCAUCUCAAAACGUGAUCACGGAAAACGUGAAAAAUUCUAGGGGAAUGAUAAUAAACGAAGAAGGGGAAAUCGUCCUCCUUCAAACCGAUCCACCAUGCAUCAGAACCUUGCUCGGGCCCGAAGGAGAAGAAGGACAAAGUGUCAUGGCGAUUCCUCAUCUGGAAAAUCCCACGAGCAUUGACGUAGAUGAGCAAGACAACUAUUACAUCAUGCAUGGACUCGCCGCUGCAAAGCUUGCGGUGCUGGACGACUCCGGAACCCUUGUUACAUCUCUACCCAUGGGCGACCACAGGUACGUGAACUACGCCGGGAACAACUUCAUCUUCACGCUCUCACGAACCAGUAUAUCGUCUUACGAAUGGCAAGGCGACAAGCUCUGCUUGAACAAGACUGGUGAACAUGGCAUCAAAGACUUUGAAAUCUUCGGAUCCUGCUGCAACGGUUUCGGCGACUUGUUCAUGAUUGGUGGUAUGACAAAUACGAAGAAGCCAAGAGAGAUAUGCCUGUACCAGCUACUGGAAGAGGAAGACGAAUGGAAGUUACUGCGCCUUGACCAUGGUCCAGCCAUGAAAUGCGACCAGGAGCCAAGUAUUUCAUACUGGAAUGGCCACAUUUUAAUUGUCUACAGGGAGUCGGGCAAAACGUGUUGCUCGAGGAGGUUUAAGCUGAGUACAAUCAGAAGGAAGAGCAUUACCGUGUAUGAUGAUGAUAUCGUGAUACGUCCAGCCAAAGAAGCAGGUCCCUAGCAAACAAAUUCGAAAAAUCUAGCGACGUGAUAUACGGUGACAACGGCCUUUUUCGGCCAACAAAACCUGGGAAAGGGAGGAGGGCAAAAAAUGGCCAAUAAAAGCUGCCUCGAUGCCUACAGAAUACAUCCAAUUUGUAGAUUUUGUAACUGUUCUGUAAUAGGUCCGUGAUAAUGGAUUAAAAACAUUCAAUAACUGUACUGAUCUCAGCUGAUCUGACAAAUAUCACCAUAUCAAUAUUUUGGGAGUUAAAUGUACUCAAAAUAAAAAGUUGGAGAGUUUUUUUUGUGUGUCACCUUGCUAGUUACAAGUAGUGGGCUACAUGUGUGAUACAAAAGUAGCACAUGUAGGACUAAAUACCACUGCGAGCUGAAAUAAAUAUACCUUCCCUGUCGUCACCCCAUAAAUCAUCUUCUGUUUGGCAUAUGGUAGGCCACCAUAUUAUAGCAAAAUGAUAGCACCGGAGUAUUAAAAACCUAACAAAACCAA